AUGAACAACUCUCCGUCUGACUUUGUUCUUGGUGCCGAGCAGUUGGUUCGCUGGCAAGACUUGUCUGUUGAUGCGCGUCCAGCGCUGCUGAGCCGUCCAGGUCGCGCCGACUCGCAAGAAAUGCAAGACACAGUGCAGGCUAUCGUCGAUCAGGUUAGAAACGAUGGUGAUGACGCGCUGCACGAACUGACCUUACGCUUUGAUGGUAUUUCGGUAGCGCAAUUGGCUGUGGACCAAUCGGCAAUUAGGUCAGCCGCCAGUCAAUUGUCUAGCCAAUUGGAUGAUGCCAUCGGCCGGGCAGCGAGUAACAUUGAGUGCUUUCAUCGAGCCACAAUGUCGACGGAUGUGGCCGUUGAAACCAUGCCCGGAGUCAUUUGUGAGCGCGUGAGUCGACCGAUUCCCACGGUUGGAUUGUACAUUCCUGCCGGUAGUGCACCACUGCCAUCGACGGUUUUGAUGUUGGCGAUUCCGGCGCGCCUGGCAGGCUGUUCGCGAGUGGUGUUGUGUACGCCACCUGCCUCAGCCGGGCAGGUCGACCCAGUCAUCCUGGCCGUUGCCCAGCGUUUCGGUGUUUCCGAUAUUUUUCAGGUCGGUGGGGCACAAGCGAUAGCGGCGAUGGCCUAUGGUACCGAGUCAAUUCCUAAGUGCGACAAGAUAUUCGGGCCAGGCAAUGGCUGGGUCACGCUGGCCAAACAACUGGUGUCACAGGACUCGAUGGGACCGGCGAUCGAUAUGCCGGCGGGGCCUUCCGAGGUGUUGGUAAUAGCCGAUGGCUCCGCUGAUGCGGAGUUUGUUGCAGCAGAUUUGCUAGCUCAAGCGGAGCACGGCCCGGAUUCACAAGUGGUGCUGGUUUGUCCCAGCGCCAAUCAAGUCGAGGCGGUGAUUGACGCGAUCUCGUCGCAGCUGCCAAGGCUUGGACGCGAGCCAGUCGCCCGCGAGGCACUAAUGCACGCGCGGUUCAUUGUCACGGAGGAUCUGCCCCAGGCCGUUGAAGUAUCUAACCAGUACGCCCCCGAGCAUUUGAUCAUCAACUGCGCAAACACCAGGGACUUGCUAGCCCAGGUGACGGCUGCAGGCUCGGUAUUUUUGGGGCCAUGGUCGCCGGAGAGCAUCGGCGAUUAUUGUUCUGGGACCAAUCACGUCCUUCCCACAGACGGUCACGCGCGCACUCAUGGUGGUGUGUGUUUCCAGUUUCAAACCAGUAUGACUGUUCAGGAACUAUCAGCAGAGGGCUUGCGUGAGCUUGGGCCAGUAGCACAAUGCCUGGCUCGCGCGGAGGGCAUGGAUGCGCAUGAGCAGGCCGUCACCGUGAGGUUGUGCGCGCAGUGA